UUGAUGUCCUGCCCAAAGUUUAGACUGGAGCAAAAGUUUUUUUUUUUCUGGAAAGUGAGCUGCAGAGAUUUGUUCUUCGCACUAUGAAUCUCUCGUGUAAGAAAAUCCACUAACAGCCUCAACUUUGGCCUAAACACAGAAGAAGUGCGUUUGUGCUGUUGUUGUUUUUUCGUCUUUUGUGGCUUCGUGUGCUUUUUUUUUUUUUUUUUUUUUUUUUGUGGAAAAGUUUUGGGGCCGGGACGACAACACAGAUUUCCAGUGUGGAGUAGAUAUGCGCUUUGUUACAUUCUCAAGAAUGCCAGCGAGAAACAACAGGAAAGCGCUGUCUUUCACUGCAGAUUUCGACAGCUAACACACUUCGGAAGAAAACAAAGUCCUCGACUGUUCGACUUUAGAAUGACUCGGGAUCACUUUUUCUGAGUGUCGUCGAUAUUUCCUGCUGUGUGAAAAAAAAGAGGAAAAAAAAAAAAAGUUUGGGAUUGUCUCAAACUUAUUUUUUUUUUUUUUUGGUGAAUUCCUUAACGCAACAUUUUCGGACACGCACAAAGUUGGCAGACAGUUUUGGGAGCAAUGGAUCCGAGCCAGCAUAACCCUCCUGCCGGACACCAGAUCGUCCAUGUACGGGGCGACUCCGAGACCGACCUGGAGGCUCUUUUUAACGCCGUGAUGAACCCGAAAAACACGAUCGUGCCCCCUUGCGUACCCAUGAGGAUGAGGAAACUGCCAGACUCCUUCUUCAAACCCCCUGAACCAAAGUCCCAUUCCAGACAAGCCAGCACCGACGCUGGGACCGGCGGAGUCCUCCCACCCCACCACGUCCGAGCACACUCGUCCCCGGCCUCCCUUCAGCUGGGGGCUGUUACCGUAGGCUCCCUGUCUGGCAUGCCCCCGCCCUCCCCUCAACAUCUCCGUCAGUCUUCGUACGAGAUUCCCGAUGACGUGCCCCUGCCCCCGGGGUGGGAGAUGGCCAAGACCCCCUCGGGCCAGAGAUACUUCCUCAACCACAUUGAUCAGACCACGACCUGGCAGGAUCCUCGCAAGGCCCUGCUCCAGAUGAACCAGGCUCCCCCUCCCAGUUCUGUGCCAGUGCAGCAACAGAACAUUAUGAACCCAGCCAGUGGUCCUCUCCCUGAGGCCUGGGAACAAGCUAUUACAUCAGAGGGAGAAAUUUACUACAUCAACCACAAGAACAAGACCACAUCCUGGCUUGACCCACGACUUGACCCGCGCUUUGCCCUGAACCAGCAGAGGAUCUCCCAGAGUGCUCCAGGGAAGCAGGGAGGGCAGCUCCCUCCCGGAAUCAUGGGAGGCAACAACCAGAUGAGACUGCAGCAGAUCGAGAAGGAGAGGCUGAGACUGAAGCAACAGGAGCUACUUCGGCAGAGACCACAGGAGCUCGCUAUAAGGAAUCAGCUGCCUACUAGUAUGGAUCAAGAUGGCGGCACGAACCCUGUGUCCUCCCCUAUGGCCCAGGAUGCCCGGACCAUGACCGCCAACAGCUCUGACCCAUUCCUCAACAGCGGGACCUACCACUCCAGGGAUGAGAGCACAGACAGCGGCUUGAGUAUGAGCAGCUACAGCGUCCCUCGCACUCCAGACGACUUCCUCAACAGCGUGGAUGAGAUGGACACAGGGGACCCUCUUCCACCUUCCAUGGCAACACAGCCCAGCCGCUUCCCCGACUACCUGGACGCCAUCCCGGGUACAGACGUAGACCUGGGCACCCUCGAGAGUGAGAGCAUGGCGGUGGAGGGCGAAGAGCUGAUGCCCAGUCUCCAGGAGGCUUUGAGCUCCGACAUCCUCAAUGACAUGGAAACGGUGCUGGCAGCUACCAAGAUCGACAAGGAGAGCUUCCUCACGUGGUUAUAGAAGAUCCGAGCAGGACGCUGCUCACUCCUCGCCCCACACUUUAAACUGCUGCCUGCUCUUAUCUGUGAAGGAGUCAUAGAUGCUUUGACAAGACGUUUCAGCGAGCCUCUCUGGACUUCGGUUUCUGUCUCGGCAUGUAAGGCCAACCUCUUUUGAGGCAGUAUUGUUCUUUUCUUUUCACUGGUGUGUUAUCUCUUUAUUUUGUCUGCGUCUUCAAGGCUGGCCCAUGAACAGACAAUAACGCAAGGGUCCCCAAAUCUUUCACAGAUCUGUCAGUGAAUCUAGGGGUCGUUCCUUCCCCUGGUCUCUCCUCAAAGCUGAGCUGGGUGGGCUGCAUGAACUCUUCUGCAAGGACUGCCAUCAUCAGUUGUCGUCUGGAGUCGCUGGUGCCUCUUUUUUUCUUGCAAUAUAGCAUGAAGCAGCACUACUUAACUGCAUUUGGGACUAUUGCAUCUAGCUUAUAUAGCUUUAUAUUUGGCCUUGUAUGUUUUUAUCCUUUUUUUUUUUAGUUUGUUUUCAACGAGCCUGAGAAACCAAAAAUGAUGUAUUUGAAGCAUAAAGAACAAUACUGAUUUGGAGUAAAGGUAAUGUGAGGCCCAGUUUGGACAUGUUGGCUUUUUGGGGGGGUGGGGUGGGGGUUGAAGCCUGGGGACCGACUACAUUGCUGCUUGGCUGUGCCAGCAAGUCUAAGUUAAACCUUUGAUAGAUCAAGUGCCUUCAGUAGUAUUUUUUUGAGACGUGAGCAACAUGAACAAUUACUAAGUUUCUGUAAUGCAGCAAUAAGCAUUCGGCUGUGUUCACUCACAUCAGCCACACUUUCCUCUAUCUAAUGUUCAAUAAUCAAAAUUGUAUUUUUGUUUUAUAAACACAUAAGGGGGAUUUAGGGAUUUCUGCUUUUAUUUUUUUAAAACCCUAGCUUCUAAGCAUCAGUCUUAUCCAAGCCUAAAUCAUGAGUCAUUCUUUGUUUUAUCUUUUUUAGUAUCCUUUUAUUUUUUUAGGUUACUACAUAUAUGUAUGAUAGCUUUGAUCAAAUGGCAUUUUGCUUGUUUUUAAUGUCUUUCAUAAAUUAAUUAAUACUUUUUUUUUUUUAAUGGGGUCGACUGUUUUCACAGCACACCACUUCACCAGGAUGAAGUCUGCCAAGACUCAGAAUGAUUCAGUUUGGGCUUUUUCUUUUAACCAUUUAGCCGAUUCACUGCUUGUCUCUGAUUUUACUUUAUACAUAUUAGUGUUGAUGUUUUUUUUUUUUUGAUGAUCACAUGCAGCUUUUACUAUCUUUCCUAAACCGUAACCAAAAAGGUAGAUCUCUUUGGCAAAAAUCAGAAACUACAGCUCUUUGAUCAAUUGAACCUUGUGACAAUAUGUACAGUAUACAAAAGUUACAACAGCAGUCUUCCUAAAGGGGGAGCGGAACAACUCUGUGCGAUGCUCUGUGUUGAAAUGAGGGGUUUAUAUAGACUACAGCUAGGACAAGUUGAAGCAGGUUUGAGAUCCAUGUUGAGGGGUAGUGUAGAAGGCCAGGGUUUGACUGACGGCGAUGAGUUACGCGGAUUGUUGGUUUUUUUUUUUUUUUUUUUUUGGUUUUGUUUUGUGUGUGAAAUAAUUAAGAAACAAUCAGUUGAUAUCUCAGUCAGGAAUUGUUGUGGCAGAUUCCAAAGAUGUUUUUUUUUGUAAUGACGCUAACACUUAAUUUUGCUUCCAUUUUCACAGAGUCCAGAACCAGUAUGAUUUGUAAAUCAGCCUCUGAACACACUGUAUAAGCUAAUGAGAAAAUGAUGUAGGUUUAAAGUGUUAAUGGAAAUGUCUAUGAAUAGGUCUAGCUGAGAGAUUAUUAUGAUUUUUUUUUUUUUUGACAAGAUGGUUAUUUUGAGUGACUAACCCUGAGAUUUAGGGACGAGGUUUCAGAACAGAGCAGUAAGUGAUUCUUCUAUAAGCGCUCACAUGUUUACAUUAUCUCUGAGUAGGAAACUGCUUACAGCUGCAGUGGAGACAACACACUGACAAUUCUCUCAUGAUCACGUUAUUUUGAUGUUUACACCAUGACUACAUCUUUGCAUGACUGCAGCAGUAACCUUUGAAUAAUCAGCUUGCUGUGCAUGCCCUUGGUUGAGUCCUUGGAGGGUGUCACACUGAUUCUGUUGCCAACAAAUAGUUGGCGGCAUUAACUUGAUGGAACAAUAUUGUUUUGUUUUUUAGAUCAGAGAUCAUGAAUUUUUUUUUUAUUCUGUGUGAGAAACCUCUUUUUAGUUUGGAUUUUAUUGAUCAUUAAAUCAUGUGUUGAUGAAUUUAAGAUGGCUAAACAGUGUUGGUGAGAACAAUGCAACUAAAACGAGUGGUACACUACAGUGCUUGUAUUGCACGGCUACGGUUUUCAUUUUGAUGCAAUGCCGCAUUUUGUCACACAAACCUGAUUUUAUGCUUACUUAGUGUGUAAUUGUCUGAGCGUAUUAGCUGUUGACUGUCAUUGUAGCAGUAGAACUAAUCACACAAGUUAAAGGAUUUUGUAUUUAGAGUUUUCUAAAUGCACAUGAAAUGAAUUUAUAUUCAGUAAUGAUCUGUUCUUUUUUUUUUUUUUUUGAUAGAUAUGUGCAUGUGUUUUAGAACAAUAAAUUCUGUUACAUUAUAUCUUGCUUCAUAUGAUACUUUGAAAUUGGCCUGAAAUAAAGUAUAUACUUUUGUGGUAA